GGACGCGCGCACCUGUCGUAUUUUAACCAGAACAAACUGUACAGCUACUAAAACACUGUGGAUUUAAUCAAAACUGGACAUUUUUACGGGAAAUAACGCCAAGGGGACGUUUAACGGACACGUACGGCUGAUUUCACCGCUAACCGCCAGCCUCUCCUGCCUUUUAUUUCAGCACGAAGGGCGCAACCAGCUGACAAUUUUGCGGAUAAAUAAUUCAUUUCUGGAGUAACGACAGUUUAUUUUUUACAAACCGGACAUCGCGACGCUCUUGGGGACCCUUUAAGCCCAACAUCUAACGCCUUAACGUGACGAGAAGACAAUGUUGACAUCCUGAAAAUAUGUCAACAGCCUCAAUGCGCGCAAAUUUAAGAUAAUCGCGUAAAGUGCACGUGCUUUUAUUGACCGGACACGUGAAAUCUGCAAAAGUGGAUGCUCCAUUUGCAUUUUUUUUUUUUUUUACCCCGUUAUGUUCGCGGUCGAGCCGAAAGAGCAGCAGCUAUGACGCGAGGAGCAGCGUCAGGGUUGUGUCACUGCCUCGCCGACAGAUAGCUUCUCGUUUUUUGCACGGUUUUCCAAUGUUUUGAGUCCGUGCACGCUCGGCAUCAUGUAGGGAUCCGUGGCCAUGCGUGAUUCGUGCGUGGGAAAGCGUGUCUGCAGAUGAAUGCAAAGCCGGAUCUGUGCUAAAAAAAAAACAAAAACAAAAAAACGACUAAAAAUAACGCGUGCGAUGCCGUGCUCGGUGUGCAGAGCAUGAGAAGUGCCCACGUCCCGACUGCAUCCUGUGUUUAUGCAACAUCCGAGGAGCCUGCGAUGAAAUAAACGACAUUUUAAGUGGAUUAUUUGGAAAAAAAAAAGAAGACUCCAUCCUUCCUCCUCGCAUCUCUUCAUCCCUUUUUUUUUUUUUUUUUUUUUUUUUGAGUCAUCGCUGCAAUGGAGUCCGUGGGAGAUUUCGAGUACAGUAGGAAGGACUUGGUAGGACACGGGGCGUUCGCUGUGGUCUUCAAAGGACGCCACAGGAAGAAAACCGACUGGGAGGUGGCCAUCAAAAGCAUCAAUAAGAAAAACCUGUCCAAGUCCCAGAUCCUCCUCGGCAAAGAGAUCAAGAUCCUCAAGGAGCUGCAGCAUGAAAACAUCGUGGCUCUUUACGAUGUUCAGGAAACUCCAAACUCUGUGUUCCUGGUGAUGGAGUACUGCAACGGGGGGGACCUGGCCGAUUAUUUGCAAGCGAAGGGCACCCUGCGAGAGGACACUUUGCGCGUGUUCCUUCAGCAGAUCUCCGCCGCCAUGAGAGUCCUUCACAGUAAAGGAAUCAUCCACAGAGACUUGAAACCUCAGAACAUCCUCCUGAGCUACACGGGACGCAAGAAGUCUGGAGUCAGCGGCAUCAGAGUCAAGAUCGCUGACUUUGGUUUCGCGCGUUACCUCCAGAGUAACAUGAUGGCGGCGACUCUGUGUGGAUCUCCCAUGUACAUGGCUCCGGAGGUGAUCAUGUCUCAGAAUUAUGACGCUAAAGCAGAUCUGUGGAGCAUCGGGACGGUGGUUUAUCAGUGUCUCGUGGGGAAGCCUCCGUUUCAGGCCAACAGCCCCCAGGACCUGAGGCUGUUUUACGAGAAGAACAAGAACCUCCAGCCCAUAAUUCCUCGAGAGACGUCGGCGCCGCUCACAAACCUGCUCCUGGGUUUGCUGCAGAGGAACCAGAAGGACAGAAUGGACUUUGACACGUUCUUCACUCAUCCGUUCCUCGAGUCUCCGACGACCAUCAAAAAAUCGUGUCCGGUCCCUGUGCCCAGCGCCUCAAACCCGGUGACGGACAGCUCGUGUGGCAGCUCCCCCUGCAUCAGAUACAACUCUCCUCCAGUCAAUGAUCAGCCGAUGGGCACGAGGCGACCGUCCAGCGAGUUCCUCAUGUGUGGAGGGCAGCAGCAGCAGCAGCAGCAGCCGACUCCGGGUCAAACGCCGAUGGUGUCCCCCCGGGCGGAGACCACGCCCAUCCCGGUGCCCACCCAGGUCCGGAACUACCAGAGGAUCAAGCAGAACCUGUCCAGCAGCCCCACCGCCACCAACACCACCCUGUACGGCUCCCCCAGGUCCGGCACAGUGCGGCGCUCCAACACCAGUCCCAUGGGUUUUCCCAAGAUGAUUUCCGGUUCUCCGAGUUCGGGAGAAAUCGCUCAAAACGUGGGACGACGUCUGUCCACGGGAAGCUCCAGACCCUACUCCCCCUCUCCGCUGGUGGGGACGAUUCCGGAGCAGCUCGGACACUGCACCUGUCACCUGCAGAACCAUGAAGCUCGGAGCCGGAGUUCGUCUGGAGGUUCUCCGGUUCCGUCGUCUCAGUUGUUGGGAGCGAGGCUCCAGAGCGCCCCCGCUCUGUCAGACAUGUACCAGACGCGUCAGAAGCUUCAUAAGCAGCUGUCAGACCCGGUGCAUCCUUCGUCGUCCUCGUCUUCCUCCUCUCACUCUCCUCAGAUGGGACGCCCCGUCAACCUCGGCUCCUCCCCCACCAAACUGUUAGGCUCCUCCCCUCGCUCGUCCGACUGGAAAACCAACCUGCCCACCAUCAUCGGCUCGCCCACCAAGACGAUCUCGGCGCCGUUUAAGAUCCCAAAGACCCAGGCGUCCUGUAACCUCAUGGCUUUAGCCGACGCUCCGGCUCCGACCAAAACUGUGGCCGAGUCCAGAGACUGUGUCCAUCACUGCAGCGGAUUCAGCGGAGCCAGAGCCAGCGCCCCCGAGGCCAGCAGGACCUUUGGCAGGUCGGUGAGCACCGGGCGCCUCUCCGAUCAGCCAAUCAGCAUGGGCCGUGUGUCGGAUCAGCCAAUCAGGAUCGCCCUGGGAGGACAGGCCUAUCAGGGCAGCACGGACAGCCUGAACACCGAGCGGCCCAUGGACACCGCUCCUGCCGCCUGUGGUCUGGUUCAGCUCGGCUCUAGUCCCAGGACGGUUCUGUUCACUGUGGGCUCCCCCCAAAGAGCAACACCCCCUACAACUACUGUUACUACUACUACUACUACUACUACCUCAGUGGGCUCCAACAGCUCCGGGGGUUCGCUCUGCUCCACCAGCGGUCGGGUCUGGGUCGGUUCUCCUCCGGGCGCGAUGGCGUUGGGCUCGUCUCCUCCGGGCGGCGCCGCGGCUCCGGUGGGCUGCGGGGGGGGCGGGGCGGAGGCGGGGCCCAGCAGCCUCAGGUACGUGGCCUACGGGACGUCCCCCCCCAGUCUGGACGGGUUCAUCACGUUUGAGGCUCCAGAGCUGCCAGAAGAAACUCUGAUGGAGCGCGAGCACACGGACACGCUCCUGCACCUGCGCAUGAUGCUGUCGUUCACAGACUGCGUGCUGGAGCUGGCGGCGGUCCGGGCGGGGGGGGCGGACCUCGGGGUGUCUGCGGCGUCUCUGUACCCCCCCCAGGACAGCGUGGUGGUCGACCAGAUCAGCCAGCUCAGCAAAGAGUGGGGGCAGGUGGAGCAGCUGGUCCUGUACAUGAAGGCGGCGCAGCUCCUCGCCUCGUCUCUGCAUUUGGCCAAAGCUCAGAUCAAAUCGGCCAAACUCAACCCGUCCAGCGCCGUCAAGCAAGUGGUGAAGAGUCUGAACGAGCGAUACAAAAGCUGCCUGUCCCUGUGCCGGAGCCUCACCGAUAAACUUAACCACUUCUUCUCCGACAAACAGAGAUUCGUGGACGAGAUCAACAGCGUCACGGCCGAGAAGCUCAUCUACAACCACGCCGUCGAGAUGGUUCAGUCUGCGGCUCUGGAUGAGAUGUUUAAACAGUCUGAGGACAUCGCGUUUCGCUACAGUAAAGCCUCCAUGUUACUGGACGGACUCUCCAAGAUCCUGCAAGACCCGACCGACAUCGACAACGUGGUCAAAUACAAAGCGAGUGUGGACCGCAGGAUCUCGGCGCUGUGCUACUGCACCGUCACUCUCUACGAAUAACACACAACCACCACUCAUCUCUCUCUCUCUCUCUUUUCUUUUCUUCUUUCUCUUCUCUCCUUUCUCUCUCUCUCUCCCUCCUUCAUCUCUCCUCUUCCCCUCUUCGUUCACUUCAUCUCUCCUUCCUCCAUCUCUCUCCCUCUCUCCUCUUCCUCUCUUCAUUCACUACUUCGUUCUCUCUUCUUUCUUCUUCCUUUCUUCCUCCACGAAACCAGAGGGACCACAUCCUCCUCCUCUUCGCCGAUCGGACCAUUCCCUCUCCUCCUCCUCCUCCUCAUCCUCCUCUCACGUCAUUGUCGAGGUUGACGUCGUCUCAAAUCCUCCGCCGUAGCAAAUCGUGCACUUUUACUUUCACUUUCACUUUCCCCUUUCCCGUCGUCUGUGACACCGAAAAACGUCAGAAUCUCCAACCAAAGACGAGUCCGAACUUUCAGACGCUCAAAUCUCCGAGGAGACGAACCCGCCGGACAGAGCGCGUCGGACAACUGUAAACUUCAAGACUUUUUUUUGUUUGUUUGUUUGUUUUUUUACCACGAAAACGGACUUUGAACUCGAUGAUUUUAAGAUGUUAUUCUGUCUUUUAUUUAUUCGUUUGUAUGAGAACUUUACGGCUCCUGUCUGUCUUGAAACGUUGAAGUAUUCGCGGUUAGAAAACGUCCGACGAUUUGCCUGUUACGCAAAUUUUCAGCCAAAAGGACCCAAAAGACGGCGCCUCGUUUCUGUUCGGUUUGAUUAAAAAGCACUUUAUAAUAAAAAAAAAACAAAACAAAGGAGCCGUCCCCGGGUUUGAAAGGUUCAGAGUGAAAAUAAAAACACGGGGAAGGAAAAAUAAUCCGCAGAUUCUUCGGUAAAAGGAGAUUACAAACUGUUUUUUCUGAAAGAAUUUUAGCGUUUAUGUUUUUCGGAGCGUGUUUGUAGAGGUUUAAACUACAGGGUGAGCAGAUUUUACGCAGAAGACACACGGGAGGGCAUCUGACACAAAACUGCAGUCUUUACAAAAUCAAAUUACGAUUCAGAUUGCUUUUUUUUUGUUGAGAAUAGUUUGCAAUCUCCUUUUAGUACAGAGGCAUGUCAAUUUAUGGUUUAAUUUCAUGUUUAGACCU